AUGGCAUCCGCAACAGCAAAAAACAUCCAUCUCUCGAGCACAGAAAAAGGGAUUAUCUCCCAUCAUGCUCGAGAGGAUUCAGCCCGCGCAGUGAGUGAUGUCUUGCAGGAGGAUAUGACAUCCCAUCAUGUAUUUUUUAAUCAGAUGGGGUUUCAUAACCACAUCCCGCACCACAUCCUAAGCAUCUAUGCUCUCGGUGCUACCCCGGAGCAGAUCCGAGCCGCGUAUACCAGCAACAAGAGCUAUCAGCGCCCGGCACUCCGGGUGGAUGAGAAGAUCGUGCGAGACAUGGCUGAUGUUGGGACGUUUCUGAAGUAUUUGGGACAGGGGGAGCAUUAUAGUGACUACUUGGCUUUUUUUCAGCAUGAGAUUGAGGGGAAGGGGGUGGAGAGGGUGUUGAAGGAGUAUUUGUUCUCUGGGGAGAAGGUCGCGGAGAGGUUGUUGGUUAUGUUGUUUGGGGGGCUCAUCCACCCGUUCAUUCACCUUGGAUUCGGGAUCGAGUUCAACCAGCCUGCUCUCGUUGCCCAGGGUCUGGCUCAGACAGCCGUUCACGACGAAUGGACGGGUCCAAUGUUCUUCUGGCCGGCGGAGAAGGCAGCCGGGGGUGUGGGCAAACCUGGGAAGAAAUCAAUGCUACAGAUUCUCGAGGAGAUUCGUGCGGAUGAGAAGUUGGCACGGUCUGCGCGUUGGGAGGACAGCGGGAGGAUGGAGAACGGGGUGCUCAAAAGAGCGCCGGAGGAGAUGAUCAAGUAUGCGGCGCAGUUUACGGUCUCGGAGGAGCAGAUUGAGGAAAAGACGGCGGAGAUUAUCAAUACCGUGGCAUACUUUGCCAGUGCGGCGCAGCGUCCCGACAAGCAGAUCAAGCUCGAUUUCUUCUACCUCCAUGGCGUCACUUCGUCGAUAUUCCUGUCCAAGAUUAUCACGCUGCCGUUCCUGGAUGCCCGGACUAAAGCGCGAUUGCUGGAGUGGACGGGUCGGCUGGAUCUGAUGCUUUAUGUGGGCUACGGGACGGCGGAUCUUCGUUUGGAUGAGGUCACAAAUUAUCCGGCUACGAAGAGCUGGGAGACUAUUUUCGAUUACAGUACUGCGCAGGCGAGUGAUGAUGGACAUCUGCCAAAACUGGUGAGAGCUUUGAAAAAUGGUGAACAGGCGUGUCGUCCGUUUGAGGAUCGGGCUGAAGAGCUCGGCUUGAAGAUUAAAGGUGAUAUGUGGUUGAAGAUUGCGAAUAUGGUGAUGGAUUCCACUUCUGGUCAGAGUUCCUUAUGGGUGCGCGGAGCGGGCUUUGACGAGGCCUGGAAGGAGUUUGGAGAACGAUCUCGGUUGUAA